GGAAAUAUAUAAAAAAAAAAUAAAAAAUAAAGAGAAAACAACAAAAGCUGGAGAGCACAUCUGCUACGGUGAUUCCAAGCAAACUGCAGUUUCUGCUUCAUCUCUCUCUUCCACAAACCCCACUACACAAUUCCUCUUAAAAAUUAAGGCUUUGAGACAAGAUCAACAAUCAACAUCAUUUAGAUGGAUACAAAUUCUGUUCAUGAUACAACUGGUUCAGUUGUCGAAAAUGAUCUUGGUGGUAGCAUAGAGGCAGUAUCAAUUGCUAAGGAGAAAUCGGAGGAUGCCUCAUCUAAUAAAGAGGUGAAACGAGAGGCUGGGAGUGCUAUAAUUAGGAUCGAGCUGGAUAUAGCUUGUUGUUCAGAGAAGCUGGCUAAUUUGAACCAACUUAUGAUGCAUGUAUCAGCAAGGGAGAAUGACUUUGAAGAUUUUGCUUCAGCAAAAGAUGAGGAUACAUUGGUUAAUUCUGAUGGGAGGGCACUGGAAUUUGAUAUUUUAUCUGGAAUAUUUGAUUCAGAAGUCAGGGAGAUGGCUAUCUUCAUUGGUAAAAUAAAGUCAGAGAUCAAUAAUACUUGUGAAGUAAUUUCUUCACACAAACAUCUAGGAGAAGGUUUUUUGGCAUUAGGAGAGAAGUUGCGUGAUGCUGAAGAAUCAAUAAAGCAAUUACAAGAACAGGUCUCAGAAUUGAUGGCGCAAUCUUCCAAUUUCCAGAAGAUCUUAUCAGGUGUCAACCAAGAGGAAAUGUCUGAUGAAGACAAGGAAGAUUCAGGGGAUAUUGACUUUUUAAACACGAUGGCAAAGCUGAAAAUACAAACCUCGCAGACACAUACACUGAGGAUGCUGGAAAAAUCUUUGGCAAGAGAACUUGAACUGGAGAACGAACUUAAAGAAUGUAUGGAAGCUCGGAAUGAGAUGAAACUCAAGAUUCGUUUUUCGCAACAAAAAUUCUUGUCUGUUGAAGAAGAAACCACAGCUGUCUAUUCCCGUUUCUUGGAGGCUGACAUUGCUUCAGCUUUGCUCAUGGGAAUUUCAAAAGAGUUAAUUGGUAAGCUCCAAUCAAGCCAACUACAAAUAAAUUGUGCACUUCGCAGAGAAAAUGAAAUGAACACAGAGUUUCAAGAAUGCACAAAAACUGUUCAAAAUAUGGAGGAAAAAAAGGCUGCUAUGCAGGAACUUGCAGAAAAAAACAGAUUGGAGGCCUUGUCAUUGAAAGAGAAGGUGAAUUUCUUGGAGGAGCAGUUAAAAGCUUCAGAAUCUGCAAUGGUAAAUGGAAAUGCUUCUUUGGAUGGCAAGAGUGACCGGAUUAAAGAUUUGGAAGAAAAAUUCUUCAUAGCUGAAAGCAGGGUUCAGAAGGUAGAAGCUGAAUCCAAGUCGCUAGAAGAAGCUAAUAAAGAACUUAAUGAGAAACUGGAUUUUCUGAAAAGUAGUGGAGUCUCUGUUGAGAAGGUUAAUUCACUGGAAAAGCAACUAAGGGAGACAGAUAUACAACUACAAGAGGCUAUGGCAUCAGUGGAAGCAAGUCAGGAGAAACAAACCAUGUUGUAUACUUCGAUUGAUGACAUGGAGAUUUUAAUUGAGAAACUGAAGUCAAAAGUGUUAGAAGCAGAUGCUAGGGCUGACAGUGCAGAAGAUAAAUGCAUUAUAUUAUCCGAAAGCCAUGCAGAGCAGAAUGAAGAGUUGGUUUUCCUUAGGGGUAAAUUAGAAUGCUUGAAGGCAUCUUUGCAACAAGCAGAAGAAACUAAACGAGCAACUGCAAAGGAUAUAAGUAUUCGUAGCAAAGUGAUAACAGAUAUGGUCAUGCGGCUGGCCGUUGAAAGAGAACGCCUUCACAAACAGCUAUCACGGUUAAUGAUGGAAAAUAGAGCUCUUGUAGAUAAACUACACAUGGCAAACAAAGUCUCAUCCAAUUCUAUGAAUCAUGAAGUUGGGGAAACUGAGGAAGGGGUUCUAUCUUCUGCGCAUCGUGUGCAUUCUGCCAAUGAUGGGAAAGAAAUUAAAGAAGAGUCUGAUGCUGUAGAGGCACAGAAGUCUCCAGAGGAUGUUUUGGACAGCGAAUUCAAGUCGGAACCACAGAAUUUGGACUCCAAGCUUGAAACAGUUAGGACAAUUGAUGCAGGGCGGCUAAAUGUCAAAGGAUUUGUUUGAGCUCUGGCUUUCCGGUUUGCUGCUGUCACUGCUGCUGCUGUUACUGCUAUCCCUGCUGCUGCUGUCCCUGCUUGUUGUCGCUGCUUUUCUUUGCCUGUUGAUGUUGUCUGCCUGCUGCUGCUGCUGCUGCUGAUUCUGGAGGUUUCUUUUCUGCUGCUGUUAUUCUUUCUUUUUUUUUUCUGGUUUGUUGCUGUUUGUAAUCUCCAAGUUUGGAGGGGUUUGUAUUUUUUUCACGUAGCGUAUUUAUUUGUGUAUGAGGACACGGUGCGACUGUACUUUAUGAGGGCUUGCCCUUUUUUCUUUUAGUAAUGAUAUCCCUUUCUUACCUACCAAAAAAAAAAAAAUGAUUACCUCCUAAAAUGUUGCCUUUGAGAUUAUUAGCCUUUUGCUUACUUACCAAAAUAAAAAAA